AUGGAGUACCUAAAAACAGCGCAACGAUUCAGAAAAACGGACAAGGUUGCACGACGAAUUGAGGGUCUUCAAAAAAUAAUCGAGAAAGAUGAGAACAGCUCUGAAGAAGAAAGUGAAGAAGAAGUCUACGUCAAAGAAGAGGUCGUGGUGAAGGAGGAGCCUGAAUCGAUGCCGCCAACUCCAGAACAUCAGUCGCCGUGGGCUACUAACGUUCGAAUUUCAAAGCAGAUCUUGGAACGAAUCCUUCUCAACCCUAAAUCAUUCAUUCAAAUCAACGAUGACAGCUCCCCAGAACACUGCCAGUAUUUGAAGAUUUUUGAACCGACUGAUUACUCCCUUUUCCCUGGUGGCAGACAGUUCCGGACGAAGAUACCGAUAGGCAACGAGGUCAAGCUGAUCUACUCCUACACACCUGGCUCUUAUGAAAAGUACCUGGACAUGAGUACGGCGACCAACGUGAUAAAAACUCCUUCUGCUCGACAAAAUGAUCAACCUUCAUCGGAGCCAAGGACACCGCCACCAUCAUCACCACUUCCACAAUCACCGAUAUCAUCUGAGCCAGAACCCGAAACAAGACCUCCAUCGCCGCCGUCACCAGCAUCACCACAAGAUGAGCCAAAAGCCAAAACCGGAGAUCAACUGCCUGAAGUGUUCCUUCUUUACGACAACAGCACUGGACAAACUAUACAUGCUGUUAAAGGUGCGGAUGGCAAAUUCGAACCUAUUGGACAGAGCAAAGGGAAGAUUAUCAACGUCUCCGACGGUCAAUCUUCUGGCUCAAUCAUGACCGGAAACAAAAGCCCGAGCCAGGAAAAUGAAAACAGCACCGAAGAGCAGGAAGGGGAGGCUGACUGUAAAAAUAAAAAUACAUUGAAAAGAAAGGCUGAACCGAUAAGGAAUGGUUGA